AUGGAUUUAGAUUUUAUUUUUUUUCCUGCUCCUAAAGAGACUCUUGAUGUUGGGUAUUUUGAUGAAGGGAGAAUAUUAUGGAUACCAAAACAUUCAGCCCUUUAUCCAAAUUUUCAGAAUUAUGUAAAAAGAAAAACAAAGAAAAAUAUGGUUGUUUUUGUUAGGUAAUCUACCCAACAAGUCGAAGAAGAACAAUUAGCUUUAAUUGACGAUCAAUAGUUAAUAUAAAUGAUAAUCAUAGAGAAUUUUAAAAGCAGCCAAUUCCUUAAUUUCCAAAUAUUCAUCGACUCCAUACUGAUUAAUAAAGUUUAGUUGAAAAUUUUGAGUUUGAUGAAAAGGAAGUCGGGUCACCAGAAUUUGAUUUAGCUGAUUAUGAAGAGGAUUUACAGAAUAAAGUAUCAAAAUUAAAUUCAGAAUCUGUCUAUAACAUUGGUAAGACAAAAAUUAGAAGUAUAUAAUAACUUUAAUUCACACGGGCUAAAAAAAGAGAAACAACAAGUAGAAGUUCUCCUCAUUUUCUUUAAUUCAAUAAAAGAUAAGAGAUAGUUAUGUAACAGAAAAAAUCAGGGAAAAGAGAAGGAAGCAUUAUUGGAUAUAUUCCUUGUUUACUUAUUAAGUAUGAAAAUUCAUCAAAUAUUAUGGUGUAUUUUCAUGGAAAUGCUGAAGAUAUUAGUUAAUCUUAUACAUUCUUGAUACAUCUUCGUAAUAUUUUGUAAGUAUUACUAUAUCAUAGUAAGAAAAGAUUUCAGUUUUAGCAGUAGAAUAUCCCGGUUAUGGAAAAUAUAAUCAGGUGUAAACUUCUGCUGAAGCUAUACAAAAUGAUGCUGAUUAUGUUUAUAACUAUUUGACCAAAAAAAUAGGUUAUGAAGAGAAUUCUAUAAUGAUCUUUGGAAGAUCUAUAGGAUCUGGUCCUGCAACCUAUUUGGCAAGUAAACAUAAACCAGGUUGUUUGGUGUUAAUGUCUCCAUUUACCUCUUUGAAAGAUGCUGUCCGAGAUUAUGUCAGAUUUGUAGGUACAUGGGUACAACAUUUGAUUAGAUAAAGAUUUAACAAUUUAGUAAAUAUAAAUGAUGUUACAUCUCCUACUUUUAUUUUGCAUGGAAAAAAAGAUGAUAUGAUACCUUAUUAAUAGGCUUAAAAAUUAUUAGGUAUUUCUGAUUAAUUAACAAGAAAAUUGUUCGGCUGAAACAUGUAUUUUACAUUUAGCAGAAGAUAUGGAUCAUAUUAGUUAUAGAUUGCACUCUGAUUUAAUUAUACCUUUAAUGAAAUUCUUAAGGAAAAUUAAUUUUUUUAAGAUAUAUUUUAAAAGUCCCAAAGUGCCUACUAAUUUAUAUCAAAAUCCAAUAUCAUGA